GGAAGGACACCCCCCCUGCCACUCUGGCUCCCAAGGUGGGAGGCGGCUGGAACACUGCUCAGUGCCGCUGUCCACAGCCCCCAGUGGAAGCUUGACUGAGAAGGGAGGAGCAGCUCCCUUUCCCCUCAUUGAAUUUAUGGGGAUUCCGCCCCCCCCGCCCCGGUCCAUUUAGAUAUUAACUCAGCUGGGACAGGCCAAACAAACAGACCAGAGCUGGGCUGACAAGAGGACAGGCCCCUGUGACCUGGGGCCCCACGUCAUCCUCCCACUGCCAUGGAUGUGCCCUGGCCCCUGGGGCUGCUUCUAGUCCUCUUGGGGACCCCCCUCACCCAUGCUGAGCCGCUGUGAGUCUGGAGGCCUGAGGGGACUCUGCCAGCUGCCUGCACAUCUGCCGUCUGCAUGAGUCCCUGUGUGCGACCCCGUCUGUCUCCGCCGUGGCUUCCCCACCUUGAGUCCCUCCGUGCUCCUGUUUGUCUGCUGGCAGGUACAUCCUGGUGACCCCCCGAGUGCUACGGGUCGGCAGCCCCCAGAACAUCCACGUGCAAGCUCACUCCGACUGUGGGCAGCCCCUCACCGGUCCCCUGGAGGUGAACCUCAUGGUGUGGGACUUUCCCAUGAAGAGGACAGUGGUGGCUACUAGCCAGCUCAUGCUGUCGCAGGAAAAUAACUUUAUGGUCCAGGCACCGGUGACGGGUCUUUCCUCCUCCUCCAGUUCAAUACCGGGUGUUUACCGUGAACCACAGGAUGGGUCCCGUGACCAGGACAUUCACUCUGGACAUCAAGAACCCAGACGGGAUCACUGUGAUGAGCCAGGAUCUGCAGGCCAACAGAGGUUUCUUCGUGAGCUCCUUCCGCCCGCCUCCCAGAGCUCAUCAGGUGCCCCGCCCCCCCGGGAGGCCCAGGGCUGGGAGGAUGGAGGCUCUUCUUCUCAGUCUCCGUCCCUCCUAACUCUCUGUGCCUCAGUCUUGGGACCUGGAGCAUAGAAGCCAGUUACCAGAGUGCGGCCAGGCAGAAGUUCAAGGCAGCCUUUGACGUGAAGGAAUAUGUGCUCCCGUCCUUUGAGGUCCAGCUGAAGCCAAACAAGACUUUCUUCAGCCUCAAUGAUGAGGCUCUGGGCGUGGACAUCUGGGCCUGGUGAGUCCCCUUUGGCCCAGCCUGGCCAGAGGACGAGGCACGCCAAGAAACUGAAUGAGUAGAGAGAAGCGGACCACUUCUGUAGCCCUUAGGAUCUCAGAAGGCCAGGGCCACGUCUCCCUCCGGAGGAACAUGCUGAUGGAUGCAUGCCAAGGCCCAGAAAAGGACUUCAAGGAGAUCUCAAUCUUUGUCAAUGUCACUGUGUUCUCUUCAGGUUUUGGUCUCAAAUCCUGAUGGGUCUCCAGCCUCCAAAGUCCUCGUCCACUGCCAAGAACACAAAGUGUACACUUCGUCCAAUGGGGAGGCCACUCGGUCAUCAACACACGUGGAGAUCUGGACAAGCUGCCUAUCGUGGUGGAGACAGAUGAGUCUCUCCAGUCCGGGGAAAAGGCUUCAGCCACCAUGACAGCUUGGCCCUACUCAACUCAGGACAGGUCAGAGAACUUCCUGUACAUCGAGGUGAAGACAUUGGGCACAGAAGUUGGCAGCAACUUGCAGCUAAGCCUCAACACAAACCAUCGGGACUCGACAACCAAGGAUGAGAUCGCUUACUUCACCAUCCUGGUCAGGGGCUAGGACCGGGACCUGAGUCAAGGAAUUCUUUCCCUGGAACACUCUUGGCUAGCUGGGUUGGAGGAACUGUGAUCAGUGGUGUGAAGGUCCUGAGUAAGGGCCAGAUCAUGUAUGCCAAACGUCAGCCAAAAAGUCUUCAGAGUGCCCUCACAUCAGCUAGCAUUCUUGUGGCUUCAAAGAUGCUGCCCUCCUUCUGCAUCCUGGCCUUUUAUUUGCUGCCCAGAGCAACCAGCCAGGACCCUGAACUUGUGGCCGAUUCCGUAUGGAUUGAUGUGAAUGACACAUGCAUGGGGAUGGUGAGCCAGACUCCCUAAGUUGCACAUCACUAUCAAAGAGCUGAGGAGAGGGCAUGUCAAAGUUCAAGGACUCCCAGUCUGGGGGCAGACGAGAGGAAGUGGAAGAGAUGUGGCCUUAAAAGCUCAACCUAGGGCGUGGAGAAGAUACAAGUAAAUGCAUGGGGUUGAGAUUGGCCUGGUGGAGUUCUCUGAUGCAUGGACAUGAAAGUGGAAGCCCCUUGAUAGACUAUGAGUCCCUCUCCCUGACUUCUCUCUUUUUCCUGGCUCAGCUGAAGGUUGGCUUGAAAAAUGACAAACGUCCCCAGAUUUUGGAGCCCAACAGCCGGGUGGAGGUGAAGGUGACAGGUGAUGCAGAGGCCACGGUGGGGCUGGUGUCUGUGGACAAGGCUGUCUAUGUCUUGAACAGCAAACACAAGCUCACACAGAAGAAGGUCUGGGAAGUGGUAGAGGAACACGACAUUGGCUGCACCGCAGGCGGUGGGAAAGACAGACUUGCUGUAUUCAAGGACGCUGGAUUGGACAUGAAGAUGAGCACAGGGAUGGACACCCUAGCAAGUUCAGAGUGGGACUGCCCCUGGAGCCCCCCUCCUACCCGCCACCGCUGCUCCCUGAAGAGGAAUGCAGGUCAGAGGGGAUGCGCCCCUCGUGGCUCCCUAACCUACUGUAUUCAUCAAGGCUUAGAACAGAGAUGAAACCACUGUAGGUACUUCAAGCAGGGAGGGAGGUAUUUAACGAGGGGAGUUUGGUGCUUUCAAAGUCAUCAGAUGGGCAACAGGAGUAAAAGUUGGAAGGUUGCUUGCUGGGACUCAAGAUCACCCCACCACAGUUCUUGCAAAUCGUGAAAUCUCAGGAACCUGCAACCGAUAUCUCUCAUGGGGCUGACGAGUAGAUGGUGGAACAUGGAAUUGUGCCCAUUGCAAAGACACGCAUAGACUGAAGCCCACCCAUCACCUAUUGCUGCUGCAGGGAAAAUGGCCUUCACAUCUUUCUAGCUUUCAAAUCGUACACAAGAGCAUCUUGGUGGCAGAAUCUAACUCCAUCGAGAACCCCAGCAGCAAGGGAGUCUGGGAAAUGUAGUUUUUAGACGUCUAGCCUCUGGGAUACAGGAGGGAAUGUAGAUGAAAGGAGACAGGAGUGCUGAGUAUGAAUGAAUAGGAUGUAGCAAUCCUGCCACACCCGAGGCCAGGGUGUGGACCGGAACAGGAAGCUCUGAGCCCGGAGUUCAAGGAACAUGGGAAGCAGUACUGGGUGGCGUUCGCUGAAUGGAUUCUAUCAAUAUUAGAUUUUUCAGUCUCUUUGAGCAAUGCUGGUGAUUCUGUGGAUCUAAAUAAAAGGACAGUAAGUGGACUCUAAUGAAGAUUGAGGUAAAACCCUAAUUCUAAUUUCCAUAUCAAAACUCAUGCUAACCUUCUGGGAAAAGUUUAGAAAAACUGUGGUUUUGUUUAUGGUAAUGAUCAGCGAUAUUAUUUAACUACAGGUGUUCUAAUCUUGUGAUGGGGUGGAAAUGAGAUUUUUUAAUUGCCAUAGUAUUUUUAUCUUUAAGCACAUCCCUUCAGUUGGCUAAUUUAGAAGGAUUCCACUUGACAUCAUGCUUAACAGCAAGUUUUAUGUUUUCAUUUAAAAUAUAUAUAUAAUGGAAAUUGGGAGUCAAAAUGGCAUCUUGGGGGAUUACCAAUCCCUGUCAAAAAAGAAGAAGGAAGAGGAGGAAGAAGAAGCAAAAAGAAGCAGCAUGAAUUCUGGUCCCAUCUUUGCCACUUGUGAGCUGUGUGGCCUGGGCCAGUGAAUGGACCUCUCUGUUGCUCACCCUCCUCAUCAGAACUCACCACAUGGGUUCAGUGUUGGGGAAGGCCCAGGCAAAGUGCCAGGACCAGCAUCUGCCAGAGCUGGGGCUAAAUAGAGGCCAGGUGUACACGGCAUUGGGGUGGAUGGGUCCCAGCUCCCUCAGGUCUCUCUCAGCCCCUCCUCUGUCCCUCUAACCCUGGCCCACAGUGAAUAAGUUUGAGACAGAGCUGGAGUGAAAGUGCUGUGAGGCUGGGCUCCGGGAGAGCCCAGUGGGACUGUCGCGUGAGGAGAGGACCCGACACGUCCACCACGGGCCAGCCUGCGUCGCCGCUUUCCCGAGCUGCUGCCAUCUGUCUGAGGCCCUGACUCAGGAGGCCCGAGAGGAGCAGCUGCUUCUGGGGACAAUGGAUGAAGACAAAGACUUUGAUGACAUCUUCCUGGACGACCUGCCCGUCCGGACCUGGUUCCCUGACAGUUGGCUCUGGAGGAAGAUUACUCUGCCAGAAAGUGGAUCAGGGCAGCACAAACUCACUGAUGUCCCCCCAACGCCCGCCGCCGCCCUGCCCCCGGCUUCCGGCAGCAUCUUGCACAGCAGCAUUCUCGUGAACGUGCCUGACUCCAUCAGCACGUGGCAGUUGGUGGCCGUCAGCCUCAAGGCUGGACAAGGUCUCUGCGUCUCGGGUCCCUUUGAGUUGACAGUCAAGAAAGAGUUCUUUGUGGAUCUUAAGCUGCCCUCUUCUGUGAUCAGGAACGAGCAAGUCCAGAUCCAAGCCAUGCUGUACAAUUUCAGGGCCCGCCAGGCCAAGGUCUGCGUGGAGUUCCCCUACAAGGAGCUACUCUGCAGCGCUUCAAGGCGGGAAGCCCCAUACCGCCAGGUGGUGGUUGUGCCCCCUACUUCCUCCAAGACAGUGCUCUUCGUGCUUCUCCCACUCAAGAUAGGCAAAGUGGAUGUGGAGGUCAAGGUUUUGGGCCUCAGGAUCCAGGAUCACGUGAAGAAGACGCUCCUGGUCCAGGCAGGAGGGUGGACAGAGCUGCUCUCCCACAGCAUCCUCCUGAACCCCCAAGGUCAGACCCAGACAGAACUGGUGCCAAAAAAGGACAUUUUGAACCAGAUGCCCGAUACAGAGGCCGAAGUGUUUGUCAGUGUCCAAGGUGACAUCCUUGGCAAGACCAUCCUGGGCAGCCUGACACCCACAGAAACACAGCAGCUGCUGAGGCUCCCGAGGAGCUGCCCUGAGCAGAUGCUGAGCUCCCUGGCGCCCAUGAUCAUCCUGACCUGCUACCUGGAUGCCACGGGCCAGUGGGACAAGGUCGGGGUGGAGCACAGGACCCAGGUGAUGAAGAACAUUGUCAGCGGUUACACUCAGAUGCUGACCCACAGGCUUCAUGACGGCUCCUACCACUCCAGCAAGGGCAGCCGCGGAAGCACCUGGCUAACGAGCUAUGUCUUCCGGGUCUUCACCCUGGCCUACCACACCGCGACCGUGACCACGAUCAACAUGCACACUCUCUGUGCCGUUGCCAACUGGAUCAUCACCCGGAGGCAGGCAGAGGACGGGCGCUUCUUGGAGAAGGGCCCUGUGAUCAUGGCGUCCAUGCAGAAUUUGAUUGCCAGCAUGAAGAAAGCCAGUGACUUCCUGGAACAACGCCUCCCCAGCAUUCAGACAACCUUUGCCAUAGCCAUAGUCUCCCAUGCUCUGGCCCCCACCAACAGCCCCAAAGCCAAUGGCUGCCUGGACAUCUUUGCCAGCCAUGCCACUGGCCAGUGAACGACUCAGACAAGAACUCCCUGUACACCAUUGAGGCCACGGCCUACGCGCUGAUGCAGAAGCUGGAGCUGGGUCGGCACAAUGAGACGUACGCCGUCAUCAAGUGGCUCCUGGAGAAGAGGG